AUGUUCGUGCUACCCCCUCCACCGCGCUACCCUGUCGGAGGCUAUCCAGGCGCACAACCGGGUCAGCUUAUCGAGACAAACAACACCAUCACCCAUCCUUCGGGCCCCGACUAUCAGCUCGUGGUUGGAGAAGGAACCUAUGUGCUUCGCGACGACCUCCACCUAGCCACUCCCCCGCCCCAUCCCUCGGAAGCUCCCGUCCAUAAUCCCAAUCCCCUUGCGACGACCGUCUCUCCCCCCACGGCCGGUACCAAGCUUUCCCUCGUUGCUCUCGCGCCCCGCCAACCCUCGCAAUCCCAGCUGUAUCGAUUCGGCACCCGCACCUCGACGCGAUCCCAGGUCCCACAGAGCAUCCAGGAGUCGCCGCACGAGUCGAAUAGCCAGGCGAGUGAUGUGGACUCUCAUGGCGCAAACGGACUUGCAGCAGCACCCUGGGACGGCCUAAAGACACCCGUGUUUGGUGAGGGAAAUCAGGCACUAGCUGCAGUCAACGGCAAAGAUUCCAAGGACCCGUCCAAGAGACGAAAACCUAAGAGCAACAUCGUCAAGAGCAAUUCAUCGUUUGUGUCCAGAGUCAUUCCACACGAGGCGCUGACAAAGCGGCUGCAAGAACACAAUCCAAAUGGCCUGUACGCCUUUGCAAACAUCAACCGCGCGUUUCAAUGGUUAGACCUGACGUCACCCACAAAAGAGGAGCAUUUGACAAAGAUACUCUUCACCAAGGCGCAUGCGCUAUGUCACGAUAUCAACCAGAUCACAAAGGGGCCAAACCACCUGGACAUCAUCAUGGGCUUCUCCACAGGCGACAUUAUCUGGUACGAGCCCAUGUCGCAAAAAUAUGCGCGCAUCAAUAAGAACGGUGUCAUCAAUGCGACGGGUGUGUCGGACAUACGGUGGAUGCCAAACAGCGAAAACCUGUUUCUGGCCGCGCACAUGGACGGCAGCCUGAUUGUCUACGAUAAGGAGAAAGAGGAUGCCGUGUUUGUGCCAGAAGAAGUCGCGUCGUCACCACCUUCGGACGACGGCUUGAGCGAGGGGGAGAAGAGGCUGAAAUCGCUCUUGACCAUCAAAAAGUCUGUCAACUCCAAGAACCAGAAGACGAACCCCGUCUCGUACUGGCAAGUGUCGCGGUCAAAGGUCAACGCGUUUGAGUUUUCGCCCGAUCGCCGGCACCUGGCGGUAGUGUCCGAGGAUGGGUCAUUCCGAAUCAUGGACUUUCUCCGAGAGAAGCUGUUGCACCACUACAUGAGUUACUACGGUGGCAUGAUGUGUGUAUGUUGGUCGCCAGACGGGCGGUAUGUAGUGACGGGAGGUCAAGAUGACCUGGUGUCGAUAUGGUCGUUGGAGGAUAGCAUGCUAGUGGCACGUUGCCAAGGACACAACUCGUGGGUGACUGCUGUGCAAUUCGACCCGUGGCGUUGCGACGAGCGCAAUUAUCGGAUUGGAAGUGUGGGAGAAGACUGUCGCUUAUUGCUGUGGGACUUUAGUGUGGGCAUGCUGCACAGGCCGCGAGCAGCUUCGGUGCGACAACGCGGCAGCAUCACGUCGUCCAACCUGAAGAUGCAGCGCUCACAGACGGGUAGUUCGAUUAACCGGCUGCGGUCAAACUCUAACCUGACGUCGGGCAGCCUGUCGGAGGAAGAGGAAGUUGUGCAUCCAGUGGAGCCACGGGCGCGCACGGCCAUGUUACCUCCGGUGCUGGCUAAAACGGUCCACGAGCACCCACUGUGUUGGUUAGGGUUUGAAGAGGACUGCAUCCUCACCUCAUGCAAGAAUGGCCACAUCAGAACAUGGGACCGGCCAAAGGAAGGGACUGGCAAUGACGACAGCAGCAUGUCAGCGAUUGCGAGCGCAAAUGGUUCGUAG